AUGGCGGUGGCCGCGCUGUACACGCAGUACAACAGGGUUUGGAUUCCGGAUCCUGAAGACGUUUGGAAAUCUGCUGAGAUAGCAAAGGACUACAGAGUCGGUGACAAAGUCCUGCGACUCCUGCUGGAGGAUGGAACGGAGCUGGAUUACUCCGUGGAUGCGGGAUCUCUGCCUCCGCUCCGGAACCCUGACAUCCUCGUGGGUGAGAAUGACCUCACGGCCCUCAGCUACCUCCACGAGCCCGCAGUGUUGCACAACCUCAGGAUCCGCUUCGCGGAGUCCAAGCUCAUUUACACCUACAGCGGAAUCAUCUUGGUGGCCAUGAAUCCUUACAAGCAGCUGCCUAUCUACGGAGAUGCCAUCAUCCAUGCCUACAGCGGGCAGAACAUGGGUGACAUGGACCCGCACAUAUUUGCGGUGGCAGAAGAGGCAUACAAGCAGAUGGCCAGAAACAAUAAAAAUCAGUCAAUAAUUGUGAGCGGGGAGUCGGGUGCUGGGAAGACGGUGUCUGCUCGCUAUGCCAUGAGGUACUUUGCCACCGUCAGCAAGUCGAACAGUAAUGCCCACGUGGAGGACAAGGUGCUGGCGUCUAACCCCAUAACCGAGGCUGUUGGAAAUGCCAAGACCACCCGCAAUGACAACAGCAGUCGGUUUGGGAAAUACACAGAAAUCAGUUUUGAUGAGAGAAAUCAAAUUAUAGGAGCCAACAUGAGAACUUACCUGCUGGAGAAAUCCAGAGUGGUCUUUCAAUCAGAAAAUGAACGAAAUUACCACAUUUUCUAUCAGCUCUGUGCAUCUGCACAGCAGUCGGAAUUUAAGCAUCUUAAAUUGGGGGGUGCGGAGGAAUUCACUUACACGAGGAUGGGAGGCAGCACCGUGAUCGAGGGGGUGAGUGACCGCGCGGGCAUGGAGGAGACGCGGAAGACCUUCGCGCUGCUGGGCUUCAAGGAGGAUUUUCAGAUGGAUGUGUUUAAGAUCCUGGCAGCCAUCCUACACCUGGGCAACGUGCAGAUCACAGCAGUGGGCAACGAGAGGUCCGCCAUCAGCGUGGAUGACAGUCACCUGCAGGUGUUCUGUGAGCUCCUGGGCCUGGAGCGUGGCAGCGUCGCCCAGUGGCUGUGCAACCGCAAAAUCAUCACGACCUCCGAGACGGUGGUGAAGCCCAUGACCAGGCCCCAGGCCGCCAAUGCCAGGGAUGCGCUGGCCAAGAAGGUCUAUGCUCACCUGUUUGACUUCAUUGUGGAGAGAAUUAACCAAGCGUUGCAGUUUUCAGGCAAGCAGCACACUUUUAUUGGUGUUUUGGACAUUUAUGGCUUUGAAACCUUUGAUGUGAACAGCUUCGAACAGUUUUGCAUCAAUUACGCUAAUGAAAAGCUGCAACAGCAGUUUAACCUGCAUGUCUUCAAACUGGAACAAGAAGAAUAUAUGAAGGAAGAUAUCCCUUGGACUCUGAUCGAUUUUUAUGACAAUCAACAAGUUAUUGACCUGAUUGAAGCAAAAAUGGGCAUUUUGGAGUUGCUGGAUGAAGAAUGCUUGUUGCCACAUGGAACUGAUGAAAACUGGCUUCAAAAGCUGUAUAAUAAUUUCGUCAACAAGAACUCUUUGUUUGAAAAGCCCAGAAUGUCAAAUGCAUCAUUUAUCAUCCAGCACUUUGCUGAUAAGGUUGAGUAUAAAUGUGAAGGUUUCCUCGAAAAGAACAGAGACACCGUCUAUGACAUGCUGAUUGAAAUCCUGAGAGCAAGCAAGUUCCACCUCUGUGCCAAGUUUUUCCAAGAGAGUCCAGUUCCCCCUUCCCCUUUCGGUUCAGCCAUCACAAUGAAAUCUGCAAAGCAAGUCAUCAAGCCCAGCAACAGGCAGUUCCGGACCACCGUGGGGAGCAAGUUCCGCAGCUCUCUGUCCUUGCUCAUGGAGACCCUCAACGCGACCACGCCCCACUACGUUCGCUGCAUCAAGCCAAACGAUGAGAAACUGCCCUUUGAGUUUGACUCCAAGAGAAUUGUCCAGCAGCUGCGAGCCUGCGGCGUCCUGGAAACGAUCCGCAUCAGUGCGCAGAGCUACCCGUCCCGGUGGACGUACAUCGAGUUCUACAGUCGCUAUGGUAUCCUCAUGACCAAGCAAGAGCUUUCGUUCGGGGAUAAAAAGGAGGUCUGCAAGGUGGUUUUACACAGGCUCAUCCAGGAUUCCAAUCAGUACCAGUUUGGUAAAACCAAAAUUUUCUUCAGAGCAGGACAAGUGGCUUUUUUAGAGAAACUCCGACUGGAUAAACUGAGGCAGGGUUGUGUUGUGAUACAAAAGCACGUCCGGGGCUGGCUCCAGAGGAAAAAAUUCCUCCGCCAGAGACAAGCCGCCCUGACCAUCCAGCAGUACUUCCGGGGGCAGCACACGGUCAGGAAAGCCGUGACCGCGGCAGCCUUGAAAGAGGCCUGGGCAGCCAUCACCAUCCAGAAGCACUGCCGCGGGUACCUCGUCCGCAGUCUGUACCAGCUGAUCCGCGUGGCCACCAUCACCAUCCAGGCCCACACCCGAGGAUGUCUGGCCCGGAGGAGGUAUCGCAAGAUGCUGGAGGAGCACAAGGCUGUGAUCCUUCAGAAAUAUGCUCGGGCCUGGCUGGCCCGGCGCAGGUUCCAGAGCAUCCGGCGGUUCGUGCUCAACAUUCAGCUCACGUACAGGGUCCAGCGCCUGCAGAAAAAGCUAGAAGAUCAGAACAGAGAGAACCACGGGCUGAUGGAGAAGGUGACCAGCCUGGCUGCCGCUCAGGCCGGUGACAUGGAGAAGAUUCAGAAACUGGAAUCGGAACUGGACAGGGCAGUUGCCCAUAGACGCAAUUACGAGGAGAAGGGGCAGAGAUACAAGGCUGCUGUGGAAGAGAAAUUGGCAACGCUUCAGAAGCAUAAUUCGGAGCUGGAAGUACAAAAAGAGCAGAUACAGCGGAAGCUGCAGGAGCAGACUGAAGAGCUGAAAGGGAAAAUGGAUGACCUCACCAAGCAGCUCUUUGAGGACGUGCAAAAAGAAGAACGACAAAGAAUUCUUCUUGAAAAAAGCUUUGAACUGAAAACACAUGACUAUGAGAAGCAGAUGUGCUCUUUGAAAGAAGAAAUCAAAGCUCUCAAGGAUGAGAAAGUGCAACUGCAGCACCAGCUGGAGGAGGAGCGGGCCACCUCGGGGGACCUGCAGAGGGAGGUGGCCCAGCUGAGCCAGCAGGCCAAGACAAUCUCUGAGUUUGAAAAGGAAAUAGAGCUACUUCAGACACAGAAGAUAGACGUGGAAAAACAUGUGCAGUCACAAAAGCGUGAAAUGAGAGAAAAGAUGUCGGAGAUCACCAAGCAACUCCUCGAAAGCUAUGACAUUGCAGAUGUGAGAAGCAGGCUGUCUGUGGAAGAUUUGGAGCAUUUAAAUGAGGAUGGAGAACUUUGGUUUGCUUAUGAAGGACUAAAGAAAGCAACCCGCGUCUUGGAGAGCCAUUUCCAAUCCCAGAAGGAUUGCUAUGAAAAGGAGAUAGAAGCUUUGAACUUCAAAGUAGUACAUCUAAGUCAAGAAAUAAACCACCUACAGAAAUUAUUUAGAGAAGAGAAUGACAUCAAUGAAAGUAUUCGACAUGAAGUUACCAGGCUGACGUCAGAAAACAUGAUGAUCCCAGACUUUAAACAGCAAAUCUCAGAACUGGAGAAACAGAAGCAAGACCUUGAAAUCCGUCUGAAUGAACAGACUGAAAACAUGAGAGGAAAAUUACAAGAAUCAUCUGGUCAGUUGAAUCACAGUCGAGAAGAAAAGGGAAGGCACACCGAAGAGGAGGAGAAGCUGAUGGGUGACAUUCAUGCGCUGCCGGAGGUCAGCGAGGGCUUGAAGAAACGGGUUGAAACUGAACGCAGAGUGGAGAGCAGCCUCCGGCAGGAAGCGUCUCGUCUCACGAUGGAAAACAGGGACCUGGAAGAAGAGUUGGAUAUGAAGGACAGAGUGAUUAAAAAGCUACAAAAUCAAGUCAAGAGUCUAACUAAGACAAUUGGAAAAGCCAAUGACGUGCACUUGUCCUCGGGACCCACGGAGUACCUGGGAAUGCUGGAGUACAAGAGGGAAGAUGAAGCCAAGCUCAUUCAGAACCUCAUUCUCGACCUGAAGCCCCGCGGCGUGGUGGUGAACAUGAUCCCUGGGCUGCCGGCUCACAUCCUGUUCAUGUGUGUGCGCUACGCAGACUCUCUCAAUGACGCCGGCAUGCUCAAGUCCCUCAUGAACAGCAUCAUCAAUGGCAUCAAGCAAGUGGUUAAGGAGCAUUUAGAAGAUUUUGAGAUGCUGUCCUUUUGGCUUUCCAAUACUUGUCAUUUCCUCAACUGCCUGAAGCAGUACAGUGGAGAAGAGGAAUUCAUGAAGCAUAACAGUCCACAUCAGAACAAGAACUGCUUGAACAAUUUUGACCUGUCAGAAUACAGACAGAUUCUUAGUGAUGUGGCUAUACGAAUAUAUCAUCAGUUCAUUAUCGUAAUGGAAAAUAACAUUCAACCAAUAAUAGUGCCGGGCAUGCUGGAGUAUGAGAGUCUGCAGGGCAUUUCCGGCCUGAAGCCCACGGGCUUCCGCAAGCGGUCGUCCAGCAUCGACGACACGGACGCCUACACGAUGACCUCCGUCCUGCAGCAGCUGAGCUACUUCUACAGCACCAUGUGCCAGAACGGCCUGGACCCCGAGCUCGUGAGGCAGGCCGUGAAGCAGCUCUUCUUCCUCAUCGGGGCCGUCACGCUCAACAGCCUCUUCCUGCGCAAGGACAUGUGCUCCUGCCGGAAAGGGAUGCAGAUCAGGUGCAACAUCAGCUACUUAGAAGAAUGGCUUAAAGAUAAGAAUUUGCAGAACAGCUUGGCCAAGGAAACUUUAGAACCUCUCUCUCAGGCAGCCUGGUUGCUUCAGGUGAAGAAGAUCACAGAUAGUGAUGCCAAGGAGAUCUUCGAACGCUGUACCUCACUGUCUGCUGUGCAGAUCAUAAAGAUCCUUAAUUCAUACACACCUAUAGAUGACUUCGAGAAAAGAGUGACUCCAUCCUUCGUUCGCAAAGUACAGGCUCUCCUCAACAACCGAGAGGACUCCGCUCAGCUGAUGCUGGAUGCCAGCUAUCUCUUCCAAGUCGUCUUUCCUUUUACGCCCUCUCCCCACGCUCUGGAAAUGAUCGAGAUCCCCAGCAGUUUCAAGCUAGGCUUUCUCAAUAGAUUGUAG